CUCCUGUCACACGCAGGCUGCUAGUGUUACUGAGGGUAUAAAUUGAUUUAUGCAUUCAGUCCAGCCAGAGCCAACAUGAAGGCACCCACAGUCUUGGUUCUUGUGGCUUUGAUCACCAUAGUGACAGAGAUGCCCUGUGCUCUAUCUUCUACCAAAGGUUUACAGAGACCUGGAGCUUGUCCCAAGCUGCCUCCAAACACUUUUGGAAUUUGUGUUGAGAGAUGCUCUGGAGAUGACUCAUGCCCUGAGGGAAUGAAGUGCUGCAGCAACGGGUGUGGUCAUGUCUGCAAACCUGCUGUCUUUGCAAAGGCUGGCAGCCCUGUCAAAGGUUGAUUCGACACUUUUCAGGAUGGCUGACAAGCCCCAGAAGAUUUCUUCUGAAUCCAUGGAACACAUGCCUGCUACCCCCAGCCUAAGAAUUGCAUCCUUAGAUGAAAACCUAUAACGUGGUGACUACAUCCUAGUGUCUUUGUGUCCAAAAUAAACGAUCCUUAGCAUCC